GCCAUGCCAAACUGGGGGACGGCGAAGAACUGAGGCGGGACACAGGCCACGAUCAGAGGCAGGUGCAGAGUUUGCAGAUUCGAGACGAACACGAGCAGCAGCUGCUGGAAACAUUUCACAGUCGUCGAGAUGAGCUGGGUUGGCGGCACCCACGCACCCAGCAAGUGCUGGAGGAGCUGGCGGGUCUCCUCCGAAGUCAGAAGCGGCUGAACGAAGCCACGCAGCUAUGCCUGGACCCACAAGGCCUCCGAUCCACAUGCCUCUGCAACAUCAGAGUCCGCCAGAGCGGAAGCGGCGAGGAGAUUUGUGAGGUGAGGGUAUCCGAUUCCGAGUUGGUCUCCAAACUGUUGGCGAACGUACUGGAAGCAGCUGGUCGGGAGGACGGGCAUCUUCUACUCAAGUCGAAGGUGCUAGACGAGAAUGUCAGCUUGCGAGAUGCAGGUUUGCGGAUGCAUGCCGAAGUGUUCCUCGUUGCGGUGCGGGAGGCGGAUGGUUCUGUCGAACGGAAGAAGCAGCUAGAGCGCAUACUGCGACGUCGGGAGCAGCACCUUGGAAUCAAUGACCCGACAGUAGCGUCUACUCUUCGGCAGCUUGGCAACGUCCUUGAAGAGUUGCAGGAGUUCGCAGAGAUGGCCAAAGUCCUAGGGAGGUGCCUUGAGAUCCAGGAACACGAGGUUGAUGUUCAGCCAGCAGAGACUGCAGCGACACUUCUGAAGCUUGCAUUUGCGCUUUGCAAGCUGGGCGACCACCGCAAAGAGGUCAACCUGCUUGAGCUUUGCAGGAACAUACAGGAGCAGCGUGCGCUCCAAGAUGAUUCCGCAAGGCCCGACUUGGCAGCCACACUGUUCAGUUUGGGACUGGGACAUGGCCAUGUUGGGGAGUUUGGCAGGAAGGUCCAAGUUUUGGAGCGGGGCUUGAAGAUGGUGGAGAACGAUCACGGCCCAGAGCAUCUGAAGCUGGUGCCAUUUCUGAAGGAACUCGGAUCGGCUUAUGGAGACUUGGGCGAGGAUGCGAUGGAGAAGAGUGUACUGGAACGCUGUGAGAGCAUCCAAGCACGACGAGAAGGUCGUGGUGCUUCGGGUUCGCAAGGUGCGAAGACCGCCACGGAAACAGCAGUCACAUACGACAAGGUGGAUGGGUUGGCUGUCAGUCUGGGCCAGUGUGACUUCGCACAGCUUCGGCACGGAGUGGUGAUGAUCUCAAGAAGGCAUUCGCGUGCCAGGUUCGAGAUUACGGGCUUGGAAGAAUGCCCGAGAUUGCCGGCAAACGUAUGUCCUUUGAGUCCCAUCCUGAAGCUACUGCCGCACGAGACUCGCUUUGACGAGGCGCCUGUACUUCUGGUCAUCCGCGUCUGCUCGGGUGCUCAGGCGGUCUGGCGUUCAUCGUCGGAUGGCGGUUGGGAAUCGCUUGCGGAUGCGAAGUUCUAUCCAGGACAUGCCGUGCUGUGGCUGGAUCAUUUUUGCGAGCUCUUUGUCGGAACUGAUGGUACCUGCUCCCCAAGACCGCGGGGAAUGCUUGUCCGUGGCUUCAUGGAUGAAACCACAGGGAGGGGAAAAUGUGCAGUUUUGCACACAAACUGUCCCUCUUGUACCCAGCAGCUGCAGCCGACAUCCGACUACCGCGUAGACCCCGAGGUCUUGAGGGGUUUCGAUGAGUGCGGGCCGCCUUUUUGCGCGGGCUUAUACAGCCAUGGAGACAGACUCACCAUAGCCCAGGCUGAGAAUGAUCAUCAGCAUAUUACCUUAAGUUUCCACAGGCUUCCUCUCGUCACCAGCCGCUUCUUCGAAGCUCGGGGAACCCAGUUCGAGGUGGACAUUGCUGACUCGUCCCAUGCUUUUCGACUCUGUGAUGCUGCCCCGACCGCGCCAUCGAGCCUGCCUCCACCCGCACCACUGCCGCCACCACCGCCACAGGCGGGGGGUGGGAUACCUCCGCCGCCACCAUCGCUGCAUGGACCAGAAGAUGGGACUUCUUCCAGCAUGCAUCUGAUUCUGCCUGAACUUUGCGAAGUGGAGGUCUACACGGCGGAGGCGCCUCACAACUUUCUGAGCACAGGUGAGCUGGAAGCUGGCCACUUGUCUCUUGAGCAGCUCAUGCAGCGAGCUCGUGCUGACAGUGCCGAGGUCGGCAGCCUACUGGUGCAGGUGUUACCGCCUCCUCCACCACCUCCACCGCCUCCAGAUGAAGAGCAUCAAACGGACAUCCCGACUGUAUCACCUCCCCCACCGGCUCCACCUGAAUCACCGCAACGAAGAAACUUGAUGAUCUCUGGGCGGUUCAACGAUCAGAACAAAAUGAACUACAUGAGAGAGGUCAAAGAAGCGCUUUGUGACAAGUUCAUUCCCGUGGAUAUGGUGAAGGCCGACUUUGCUAGUGCCAAAUUCGGAAACCAGACGGCGCUUCUCCUGUACAGGGCCAAAGCCCUGUUGGCUUUUUGCACUUGGGAUUAUGGAGAGAAAACUGGUGCGCAGUAUGAAACUUAUAUAGAGCUCCAGUACGCGUACCAGAACAAGCUUGCAAUUCUGCCAAUUCAGCUCUGCCAUGAAUUUCCACCCUGUCCCAAAGAUGAGGAAGGCCGGGCACAAAAUGCAUUGGUGCUUCAGGGCGAUUUGGUGCGGAUCAUCGACAAAGACAUGUCGGACCCGGCGAGGGUUGCACAGGAGAUCUGUGAUGCCUGGUUCAGAGCAAUCCAGCAUAUGUGA